AUGGCUUCGCUUCUCGUGUUGGGCUUUUCAGCCCUCGUAUCGGGGGCAGCUAUCCAGCAACGCGAUGCUGUUCCAGCAGGAUUCGUCGCGCCACCAUACUAUCCAGCCCCACACGGAGGAUGGACAGCAGACUGGAGUGAAAGCUACAGGAAAGCAUCCAUGCUUGUUUCGAACAUGACCCUUGCCGAAAAGACCAAUCUCACGGCCGGAACUGGAAUCUUCAUGGGGCGCUGCGUCGGAAACACGGGUAGUGCUUUGCGAGUGGGUAUCCCUCAGCUCUGCUUGCAAGAUGGACCUCUAGGUGUGCGGAACACUGAUCACAACACCGCAUUCCCACCGGGCAUCACUGUCGGAGCGACCUGGGACAAAGACCUUAUGCAACGUCGUGGUGUUGCGAUAGGUGAGGAGUUCCGUGGUAAGGGCGUAAAUAUCCAUCUUGGCCCCAGCGUAGGACCACUCGGCAGGAAACCAAGAGGCGGUAGAAACUGGGAAGGCUUUGGCUCGGACCCGGUACUCCAGGCUUUUGGUGGAGCUCUUACUAUAGAGGGCGUCCAAAGCACUGGUGUCAUCGCUACGAUCAAACAUCUAAUUGCGAAUGAGCAAGAAGAGUACCGCAUGUGGAACCUGGUCAAGCCUGGCUACUCCUCAAACGUGGAUGAUCGCACACUGCACGAACUCUACCUUUGGCCGUUUGCAGAAGGUGUACGAUCUGGUGUCGGAUCUGUCAUGAUCGCCUACAAUGCUGUCAAUGGUAGCGCAUGCGCACAGAACAGUUACAUGAUCAAUGGCCUUUUGAAGGACGAGCUUGGUUUCCAAGGAUUCGUCAUGUCCGAUUGGUUGGCUCAAAUCUCUGGAGUUCCCACGACACUCGCUGGAUUGGACAUGUCAAUGCCUGGAGACAAAAACGACAUUCCAUUAGUUUUUGGAACUUCUUACUGGAUGUACGAGCAGACACGUUCUGUGCUGAACGGCUCUGUUCCAGUGGACCGCGUGAACGAUGCCGUGACGCGCAUUCUCGCAGCAUACUUCCAGAUGGGCCAGGAUCAAAAUUACCCUCGACCCAACUUUGACGCCAACACACAGGAUGCUGAGGGCCCUCUGUACCCCGGAUUACUCUUCGGGCCACGGGGAGUGGUGAAUGAGUUCGUCGACGUCCAAGGUAACCACGCCGAGGUCGCUCGUGAAGUAGCUCGCGAUGCCAUCACGCUACUUAAGAAUGAUGGCGGCAUUCUACCAUUGACCAAGAACGCGUCUCUCAAGAUCUUCGGAACUGAUGCCGAGAAAAACCCGGAUGGAAUCAACUCAUGCGCCGACCAAGGCUGCAACAAGGGAACCUUGGGUAUGGGCUGGGGAAGUGGCUCCGCUCGCUAUCCGUACAUGGACUCUCCCAUUGAUGGUUUCAAGGCCCGAGGCGCGACUUACCAGUUUUUCAACACCGACUCAUUUCCAGGAAACUCCAACCCGUCACCGAACGACACUGCAGUUGUCUUCGUUACCUCUGAUUCUGGAGAGAACUACAUUACUGUCGAAAACAACCCUGGAGACCGCACUUCUUCUAACCUGAACCUCUGGCACAACGGUGAUAAGCUCAUCAAGGAUGUUGCUGCCAAAUACUCGAAUGUUGUCGUCGUAGUACAUACCGUUGGCCCCGUCCUCAUGAAUGAAUGGCACGACCUGCCUUCCGUCAAAGCAGUCGUUUUCGCUCAUCUUCCCGGCCAGGAAGCAGGAAACUCUCUGAUGCAAGUCCUCUAUGGCGACGUCUCUCCCUCUGGCCAUUUGCCUUACACUUUGCCCGUGUCCGAAGAUGAUUACCCAAAGUCUGUGGGCCUUGUCGGAUACCAGCUUGGACAGCCCCAGGACACAUUCACGGAAGGCCUUUACGUUGACUACCGUCACUUCCACAAAGCCAAUGUGACACCGAAAUAUGCCUUUGGCCACGGUCUUAGCUACACAUCUUUCUCUUUCUCGGAUGCUACCAUUACCUCCGUAACUCCUCUCACAGCAACGCCCCCAACGCGCCCCGCAAAGGGCCAAACACCCGCAUACUCGACAGCCAUUCCACCUGCCUCGGAAGCAGUCUGGCCAGCCAACUUUCCCCGUCUCUUGCGCUACAUCUACUCCUUCUUGGACCAGAAUGAUGCAGACGCCGCCAGGAAGAUCGGUGACUCUCCGAGUACAUACCCCUACCCUGUAGGCUAUUCCAACGAACAAAAGCCUGGUCCACCAGCAGGUGGUGCACAAGGAGGCAACCCCGCACUCUUCGACACCGCAUACAACAUUGCCGUCACCGUAACAAACACCGGUAACCGCCCAGGCAAAGCAGUUGCACAACUCUACGUACAAUUCCCGAGCGAGAGCACAGUUGAUACACCCGUGAUUCAGCUCCGAGACUUUGAGAAGACGAGCACAUUGGCAGCUGGUGCUAGUCAAACACUCAACUUGCGAGUUACGCGGAAGGAUCUCAGUGUCUGGGACGUUGUAGCUCAGAACUGGGUAAUUCCCGCUGUUGGUGGUGAUUAUGGUAUCUGGAUCGGUAGUUCGUCGGACCAGUUGCGCUUGAGGUGUGGUACAGCGCGUAGAAGCUGUGCUGAGGCUGCCAGCCCGGUAUAA